UACGUUAGACAGCGGUGCGUGGGAACCCAGUCAUCGCGUAGCGCCUCAUCAUUUCGUCACUCGUACUGCCGAGAUAGCGAUUCCACUUCCGGCCACCGCAGUGAACGGUCGCGGAAUGUUUUGCUCCGAAGGGGCGGUUACAGCGGCCCAGCAGGGCCGCGGUCUCAGGUUGAACGACACACCGAAGGAAGAUUAUCAGGUUAUAUUGCCGCAACUACCUACAGGAUCGACAGUUACAACGACCGUUUUUUUGCACGGAGACGUGAAGGCGAGGCCCUACCGAGUCGAGCAUUUCCGUGAGGCACUUGACUAUCUGCAGCUGAUGCCGGAAGUGGAGGCCCUCGGUGCCUAUCAGAUGAACCACGUCUGGGCCAUCACUUUCAAGGACGAAAAGGGCAAACAAAAGAUUUUGUCUGCCCCAGCCUUCAGCGUAAAGGACCACCGAUGCAUGGUAAUAGACCCUCGAAAUCAAGACGUCAGGAUGAAGCUGUAUUGGCUUCUACAUACGACUCCGGACGACGAAGUCAGAGGUGCCCUGGCGCCUUUUGGGAAGGUCAGCGAAAUUUCGAGGGAAAAGUGGCGCGUUGCAGGCUGCAACGACAAAGGCUCCCACACGCGCCUGGUGUCCCUACGGCUGAAGGUAGGCGUUACCGUGGAAGACCUGCCUCAUCAACUUCGCGUCGGGGAAGACCAUGCGCUCGUGCACGUCCCAGGCAGACCCCCGCUCUGCCUCCGGUGCCAUGGCACCGGUCACAUACAGCGCGAGUGCCGAGUUCCGCGUUGCAAGCUCUGUCGUCGCUAUGGCCACGACGAGAGUCAAUGCGCGCGUAGCUACGCCAGUGUGACCGGAACUGGGCGAAGCGACACCGUCGAUGAGCACCUCAUGGACCAAGUCGACGCGGAGGAGACCGUCAGUGGAGGCGAGAAGCCGACAACGUCGGGUGCCACGCCUUCUGUCCCAUCCGAAAACAAGGGACCUAUGAAAGCUGCGGUCAGUCAAAAUGGAAAGAACGACGAGCCUCAGAAUACUUCAGAGGCCGUGGAAACUCCUAGCAGCUGUGCUGCCGUUAGCGAAACAGUCGAGACGGAAGAGAGCGGUACCGCAAUGGAGGGCAUCAACUCGGAAGGAGGAAAAACCAACCCUGGCGUCGCUGUCUCAAAGAGACCACGGGAAAAUACCAUCGAAGACGACAACCGAGAGAAGGUCAACGCCGGUGAACCGCCCCCAAAGGCAGGGUCCCACCGUAGGGCUCCCCUGAAGGUGAAGCCCAACGUGCCUCCAGACAGGAGGACUACACCGACAGGGCCUCCGCGUUAG